UCUGAUAACCACAACAAAAGACUAUCGAAAGCCGGCUACUAUAUGUAUAUAUAUAUAUAAGGCUAUAUAUAUAUAUAUAGCCACCAGGUAAGAUACGAUUCGUUACCGAACCGAUCACAUCUCCCAGAAAUGGGCCACUAAUUGCUGCUAAGGGAUAAAUUAAACGCCAUGAACUUUGCACGCCUGAGAUUUUGGCCGAUGGUCCAGGGAGGACUUCGAAUUCCACGCCAGCAAUUGCAGACGCAGUGGAUGAUGAGCCGGCGUCGAUGGAUAGCCAGUGAAGCUACCUCAUCGGCUGCAGCGCCAGCUCAAGCAGCUUCUGCACCCAGAACCCAAGCACAGCCGCGGGUAAAACCAUUGCCGCUGGCCGAGGAGCGCCUGGAGUCUAUCCUAUCUCCCAUUCGCACCAGGAUCAUUCGAAAGAAACGCCUGGCCAUCGAUGAACUGUCCGCUUUGGGCUUUCUCAACACCCGUGGCUAUACGACCGCCGAGGAGUAUAAUCUGGAGGAUCUGCAGAUAGCCCUUCGCGAACAGAACCUGUACGAGACGAAGCGUUUCUUCUCCACAGACAAUCUGGACGUGGAGCAGAAUGUGCUCUUUGUGGCGUCUAAAUAUCCGACGGGUCAGCAACCGCGGGAGAUAUUCUUCUUCCGCGAGGGCUCGGUGGUCUUUUGGAACUGCAGCGACAUCGAGACGAACAAUGUGCUUAGUUUCCUGCGCGCCUUCGAAAGGGAAUCGUAUGUGAGUGCCCUGGUUCACGGGGAGAGCGAGGUGAUGCCCUACACCUAUAUCCCAUCGACGGCGGUGGAUGUGGAGGGCGAUCUGGUGGCGGAGAGUAGCGACUUCAAUGUCACGUCUCGGGCAUUCUUCCAGAAUGGCAAGUUCUUUGUCACUGCCGACACGGAUAGCUUCCUGUACAAGUACACCUUCUCCAAUGCGAUGGCGCAGUCUAUAAAGCUGGGCAUGUGGGAGGCCACACUGGACCGCUACAUAGAUUCCAUAGAGCAUCUUACCGAGGAUCUAAAGCGUGGUCGCCGACUAAGAAUCUCGCGGGCGGCCAUGCUGCGAAAAACCGGCGAACUGUUUGCCCUGCGUCAUGUGAUCAACCUGUCGUCGGAUCUGUUGGAUGCCCCCGAUUUCUACUGGGAUCGCGAGGAACUGGAGGCGCUGUACCUGCAGGUGUGCUCCUACUUCAGCAUCUCACGGCGCACCAAGGUGAUGAACGAGAAGAUCAACCACUGUGUGGAGCUGGCCGAGCUGGUGUCCCACAACCUGAACGAUGCCCAUCACAUCCGACUGGAGUGGAUGAUCAUAAUCCUGAUCAUGGUGGAGGUGGGUUUUGAAGUGCUGCACUUCGUCAGCGAUCACAGUGAUCCGCAUAAGCUAGAGGUCCUGCCACUGGCGGCUCCUGCCGCCUCAAUUCCCAAAUAGCAAGUAGGCUUAGUCGACAGCUUUUGUACUAUAUUUGUAUUUUGCCAAAAUAUAGAUUGGU